UGGCGUCUGACGGUGAAGACGUUAUUGCAGUCGUCACAGUUCAGUGUUCUUAAUCUGUGCGUCCAUGUACACAUAUAUGUCCUUUAUUAGACUCUAUUAAAUAGAGUAAAUAUCGUUAAUAACUGUUUGCAUCCGGUUAUAUUAGUCUGAGCGCACUUUGACGCUUCUCGAGCUAGCUUAGCCUGCUAGUUAGCUUAGCUUGUUAGCUGCUAACAAAGAGAGGCGGAAGUGAUCAAAAACACAUCGCUAAGCAGAGAUCAAGUGUGAGUGUAAAGUGUUGUGAUUGUGUGAAAAUGUGCGAAAGAACGAUAGCAGAGUACGAGGAGGAACUUUGUCCAACAAAAGAGGAGAAGGAGCGACAACAUCAAAAACAUCAAGUUGUGUUACACAGAACAGACGUCUGUGAAGAACAUCUUCACCCUGAGCAACAGAAGUGGAACUUCCGAAUGCGGACAGAGGAACCACAGCCCUCCCACAUUAAGAAGGAAGUGGAAUACCCACUGAUCCCCCAUUUUAAAAAGGAAGAGGAGGACCCACUGACACCCCAUUUUAAAGAGGAAGAGGAGGACCCACUGACAGCCCAUUUUAAAGAGGAAGCGGUGGAUCCACUGAACCCUCACAUUAAGGAGGAAGAGAUGGAUCCACUGACACCCCAUUUUAAAGAGGAAGAGGAGGACUCACUGACACCCCAUUUUAAAGAGGAAACGGUGUAUCCACUGAGCCCUCACAUUAAAGAGGUAGAGAUGGAUCCACUGACACCCCAUUUUAAUGAGGAAGAGGAGGACCCACUGACACCCCAUUUUAAAGAGAAAGCGGUGGAUCCACUGAGCCCCCACAUUAAGGAGGAAGAGGAGGACCCACUGAGCCCUCACAUUAAAGAGGAAGAGGAGGAACACAGCAUCAGUCAACAGGGAGAGCAUCUUGAAGGACUGGAGGAGGUUGAUGUCACCAAGAUGCCAGUGACUGGUGUCCCUGUGAAGAGUGAAGAUGAUGAGGUCAAAGGUGAAAGUGAGGAGAAGAGAGAGGCGGAGCCUCCAAGCAGCAGCUCAACUCAACACAUGACAACAGAAGCUGAUGGAGACCACUGUGGAGGAUCACAAGCAGACAAGCUCUUAGCUCCACUAUCAGAUAGUGAGGACACAACGUCACACUCUCCUGACACUGAUGAUGAAGACUCUAAAGAUGAUAAGACAUGUCACACUGACAACACACACUUCACAUGUUCUCACUGUGACAAAACUUUUAAAUACCGCUGUCGUCUAAAAACACACAUGAGAACACACACUGGAGAAAAACCUUUUUCAUGUUCAAUCUGCAGUAAAGGUUUUACUCGAAGGGACCAUUUCAAAAAACACAUGAGAACACACACUGGAGAAAAACCUUUUUUCUGCUCAGAAUGUGGUAAAAGUUUUGUAACAAAUACAAAUUUAAAAGUACACAAAAGAACACACACUGGAGAAAAACUUUUUUCAUGUUCAAUCUGCAGUAAAGGUUUUACUCGAAAGUACGAUAUCAAAAGACACAUGAGAACACACACUGGAAAAAAACCUUUGUCAUGUUCAAUCUGCAGAAAAGGUUUUACUCGAAAGUACCAUUUCAAAGUACACAUGAGAACACACACUGGAGAAAAACCUUUUUCAUGUUCAACCUGCGGUAAAGAUUUUACUCGAAAGUACCAUUUAAAAGUACACAUGAGAAUACACACUGGAGAAAAACCUUUUUCAUGUUCAACCUGCGGUAAAGAUUUUACUCAAAGGGACCAUUUCAAAGUGCACAUGAGAAUACACACUGGAGAAAAACCUUUUUCCUGCUCAGAAUGUGGUAAACGUUUUGUAACAAAUACAAAUUUAAAAUUACACAUGAGAACACACACUGGUGAAAAACCUUUUUCAUGUUCAAUCUGCGGUAAAGAUUUUACUCAAGUGUCCAAUUUCAAAGCACACAUGAGAACGCACUCUGGUGAAAAACCAUACUCCUGUUCAAGCUGCAACAAAAGCUUCCGUUACCUAAACACUCUUACAGUACACAUGAGAACACACACAGGUUAAAAACCAUACUCCUGUUCAAGCUGCAACAAACGUUUUCGUUACCUAAAAACUCUUUCAGUACACAUGAGAACACACACAGGAGAGAAAGUGUUGAGUUGCAGUGUGUGUGGUGAAAGAUUCUCUUCUAAGUACCAGUGUAAGAAACACAAGUGUGCUGGUGAGAACAGCAGCAGCAAAUGAAGAUGCAGGAUUUGAAAUCAACUGUCAACACUUUAACUUUUACUUUCUAACAACAUCAGCACAUAUAAAAAGUGUGACAUCAUUGUUGUGUGUGUAACACAAUCUUGUUAAUAUGAUUCUAACAUUUAUAGAUUAGACACUUCAGAUUAGUGCUUUUAUUUCCAUCAAGUACAUGAGUUAAUAUACACAUUUGUGUACUUUAAAAUGAACAGAACAAUUUGCCUGAAAAGGUGAGAAUAAACAGUACAUAAAAUGUGUUACAGUAGAGCUUUUAUGUGUAGAUAUUAAUAAUUCACUUUCAUACUUAAUCAUAAGUGUUUUUGUAUAGGUUUUUCGAAAUAAUGAAGGGUUACAUAUUUUAUGUUUUAAUUCUAGAUGAUUCCUUAGAUGAACUCUUUUCUAUGAUAUACAUAUUUGUUUUACAUGUGUUCAUACCUUUGCUUUUGAGUACACAUAAAUCCCUCUUAGUUCAUAUUUACUGGUUCACAUCUGAAACAUCUUCUGGACCACUUCUGGAAGCAUAUUAUUAUUUACUUUAUACAUCAUUUAAGCAGUUGUGUUUUAUACAAGAUCAUUUACUUUUAAAAUGUGUGACUUCAUGAAUCAUUUGUUGGGUCUCUAUAAUCCAUUCUGUUGAUUAUCUUUAUUAAUCUCUUGUGUAAUAUGAAUAUUGUUGUGUGAUUGUUUUAUAUGUAUGUCCC